AUGAUCAUAAUCCCACCUCUUCUGCUACUGUCCUACCCACUGGUGUUCAAGCUGUUUGGUCACUGCAACCUGAGUGAGACAAAACUGGUCACCACUCUCUGGAGGAUGAUGCCAAUACAGUUCCUUGAUGCAUUCCAGAGCUCCUUCAAGGACAAGUAUCGCUUCUUUGCUGGUCUCUACUUCCUGUAUCGUGCUGCCAUCCUUGCAUUUUUUGUUUGCUGCCAGUCAUGGCUGGAAUUUUACACAGUUGUUCAACUGCUCUUAAUUUUCAUUUUAGCCAUUCACUCAGUUUUUCAGCCACACAAAGAGAGAAAGCACAAUAUUGUGGACUCCCUUCUCUUUGCAAACCUCUGCCUCAUCAAUGCAAUCACACUCUACUACUAUAGCAGGACCGAAGUCAUGGGGAGGUUUAUGUCUGAGAUAUUAAUGGAUGCUUUAGCAGUUGUUCAGGCUGUAUUAAUCAUCUUGCCUUUGCUGCUGGGCAUCAUGCUCUAUUUCAUUGAAUGGAAAAUAAAAAGGAAAGAAUAUGAAAAUCUACCUUCUCUUCGUAACGAAUAA